ACGUAUCAUCUGCCCUACCUGCUCAACCAACACCUCCAGCUGGACCAGUUGGGCCAACUGGACCAACUGGACCGACCGGACCGAUGGGACCGGUAGGGCCUUCUGGUCCUUCAAAUAAUGACGGUAAUGUCACGGCAGGAACUCCAGGUACCGAGGGAACUGCAGGAACACCCGGACAACCAGGUGAGAGAGAAAAUAAUAUAUGA